GUUAUCAUCCUUUGACCUCUGGAGCUGCUAUAAAAAGGUCUGGCUCCUGAAAGAACGCACCAUCAGGUCCUAGACAUUCAGGAGUGAAGGCAAACCUUGCUCAGUCUGCAGCCAUGAAGUUCUCCCUCAUCGCCGCCCUCGUCAUCGCGCUGGCCAUCAGCUCCCAAGCUGCCAGCCUGGUCAAGAGAGAAAGUCCUGAAAUGCCUCCUGAGGUUGAAAAGAUCGCCAGUUACUUCCAGGACCUCGUCCAAAACCUUAAAGCCCUCGAGGCCCCUGAGCUGGCCAACAAGGCCAAGGCUUACAUGGAGGAGAGCAGAGCCCAGCUCCAGCCCGUGGUUGAGAAGCUCCAGGAGCAGCUGAAGCCCCUCUCCAGCAACAUCGAGGAGCAGAUCGAGCCUCUGGCCGCCUCCGUCCGCGCUCAGAUCGCCCCCUACACCAACCUGAUGCAGAGCCAGAUCGAGGACAUGCUCAGGUUCGUGGUUGAUCAGACCAAGGCCAUCCUGCCCCCUCAGUAAAAAACAAACAAAACACUGAAAAAAGCCUGAUGGGAAAUCACCACCGCCCUGUGACUGACAUCACUCACUUAUCUGAAGCAAUAAAGGGGUUGAAAGGCUUUA